AUGGCCACUGGAAACUGGAGCACAGUGACCGAAUUUACCCUGACUGCCUUGCCUGCACUCCUGGAGAUUCGAGUGCUCCUUUUUGUUAUUCUCUUACUAACUUACACAUUAACAGCAACAGGAAAUAUUGUGAUCAUUUUCCUAAUAUGGACUGAGCCUCAGCUGCAAACCCCAAUGUGCUUUUUCCUCAGUAAGUUGUCAUUUCUGGAUAUUUUGUACACCACCGUUGUUACCCCAAAGUUGCUAGCCUGCUUGCUGGUAGACCAGAAGACCAUAUCCUUUGCUGGCUAUAUCACCCAAACAUACUUCUACUUCUUCCUGGGGACCGUGGAGUUUAUACUCUUGGCUGUUAUGUCCUUUGACCGUUACAUGGCCAUCUGUAAACCCCUGCACUACCCCAUCAUCAUGAACAGCAGGACCUGCCUCAUGUUGCUUCCAGGCUGCUGGUUGGGAGCUUUCCUGUCUGUGAUGAUACCAAUGAUUGUGGUAACAAGGCUACCUUACUGUAGGAAAGAGAUCAAUCAUUUCUCCUGUGACAUUGCUCCUCUUCUUCAGGUGGCUUGUAUAGAUACCUGUCUUAUUGAGAAAAUAAACUUUAUCCUGUCUGCCCUUGUCAUUCUGAGCUCCCUGACAUUCACUGCUGGAUCCUACACCUAUAUAAUUUCUACCAUCCUAUGCAUUCCCUCAGUCCAAGGCCAUCAAAAAGCUUUUUCUACCUGUGCUUCUCAUAUCACUUUAGUCUCCAUUGCUUAUGGGAGCAACAUCUUUGUUUAUGUGAGAAACAAUCUGAGCAACUCACUGGACUUUGACAAGGUAGCUGCUGUCCUCAUCACUGUGGUUACCCCUCUUCUGAACCCUUUUAUUUAUAGCUUGAAGAAUGAGAAGGUAAAAGAAGUGUUAAGAGAGACAGUGAAUAGAAUUAUAUCCUUGAUAUUAAGGAAAAGUUGA